UCUCGCAGUACGCAAACGACCGCGCUAAAGCCUUCACAAAAACACGCGUACAAACUCUGUGACUUACACAUACCUAUGGUUCAUAGUGGUUAUUGUGGAUUAGUGAAACAAACAAAAUGUUGAGCGGGUGGCGGUUAAUAUUGUCUAAACUAUUCUUCAUACCACAAAGAUGGGUGAUGGCAAUAAUGGGUUUUCUGGCGGUAGCCAACGCGUACACGAUGCGAGUGUGUCUGAACAUCGCCAUAACGCAAAUGGUGAGGAGGCACGCAGAGUCCAGAGAAUACGAAGAAGGGUCCUGCCCGGGUGAAGCUCAUGACAUGGCUUCUGAAGCCGCGGAAGUUACGGGCUUCGACUGGGACGAGGAGACACAAGGCAUAAUUCUAAGCUCGUUUUAUUACGGGUACAUAGUUACUCAUCUGCCUGGAGGCAUGCUAGCAGAAAGAUUCGGCGGAAAAUACUCUCUAGGAUUUGGUGUGCUUAGUACUGCUGUGUUCACUUUGUUCACUCCCUGGGCAGUCAGUGCCGGUGGUGCUACUGGACUAAUUAUCUUAAGAGUACUGGAAGGUCUUGGAGAAGGCACGACUUUCCCAGCCUUAAAUGCGAUGUUAGCCAGAUGGGCUCCCGUAUCUGAACGAGGUCGUAUGGGCUCUCUCGUGUUUGGUGGUUCGCAAAUUGGAAACAUCGCCGGCACAUACCUUUCUGGGUUGGUGAUCAAGGAAACCGGCGAGUGGGAAUGUGUGUUUUACCUUUUCGGGGCCAUUGGAAUCUUGUGGUUUAUUUUAUGGGCAUUGUUAUGUUACAACGAUCCAGAAUCGCAUCCUUUUAUCUCGGACAAAGAAAAAAAAUAUUUAGAAGAGGCUCUCGGUAGGCAUCACUCCAGUCAACCAUCAGCCAUUCCCUGGAAACCGAUCUUUAUGUCCGUACCGCUGUGGGCGUUAGUUUGUGCGCAGAUUGGACACGAUUAUGGAUAUUUUACAAUGGUAACAGACCUGCCUAAAUACAUGACAGGUGUUUUGAAAUUCGACAUCCAUCGCACGGGUACAUUGGCAGCCUUGCCUUACGCUGUAAUGUGGAUAAGUUCUAUCGUAUUCGGUUGGAUCUGUGACAAAAUGGUGAAAAGGAACUGGUUGACUGUUACUAACGCUAGAAAGACGUUCACCACUAUCGCUUCCGUUGGUCCUGGGAUAUGCAUGAUUUUCGCUUCAUAUUCAGGCUGCAAUACAGAAGCGGUAGUGAUUCUGUUCACUGCCUCUAUGGGCCUGAUGGGCGCCUUCUAUCCAGGAAUGAAAGUAAAUGCUCUAGACCUGAGCUGCAACUACGCGGGCACUAUAAUGGCGAUCGUGAACGGUAUCGGGGCCAUAACAGGCAUCAUCGCGCCGUAUUUAGUGGGCCUUCUGACACCUGAUAGUACCUUAGUGCAAUGGCGAUUGGUGUUUUGGAUAGCUCUCGCCGUAUUCAUUGUAACAAACCUAGUAUUCGUUGCCUGGGCGUCAGGCGAUGAGCAGUGGUGGAACAAUACUGCUCAAGAUCCAAAGAAGCAGCAAGAAGUCGAAGCAAAUACUAAUCAAACGGUCACUGCCGAAGUAAAGUUAUAAUUAGGAAGCUAUUUCUUUAUACGAAUAGAGGCUGUUGUUGUUGGUUCUGUGGAAUCCAUUUCUAAUUUCGAGUGCAGGACAAAAUGGCGCACGCAUUGUUUAGAAUGAUUUAAGUGAACGCUUUAUGCAAAAAUCAGACGUUGCCUUUUUUUUUAAUAUUUUUAAGUGUAGACCACUAAGCCACAGAUUACCUAGUUUAAUUUAGGACUGAUAUUACUAAUGAAGUCGCUUCUUAAACUUUAUGUAGGCAGACCUGCAUUAGAGUUGAAGUUUCGUUUUUUUGUAAAUAGUUUUUGGUCUUUUAUUAUUUAUAAAUAUACAUCUAGUAGGUACCUACAUAAACGUUUUUAGAAAUAUUAUUGUGAAUUGGUGAUCAUAUUCUAGAUGACCAGCCAGUGUUAUGUGAUAGUAAGAAUAUUUAAGUAUUAAUUUAAGUAAUUCAUAAUAUUUUAAUCAUACUCUGUUAUAAUAGUUAGUUAUUAACAACUUUUCAUAUUUAAUUCAAGGCCACGAAAUAUGUUCUUUUUCGUUUUGGAUACAGGAAAUAUCCACAAAUCCGGGAAUCAAAGCCGGAUGCAAUAAUCAGGGUCAAUAAGGUCACACUAGACUCUAGACCAACGAUUUAAUCAAAAUAGAUUUUAUUUAUAUACAUUUAUUUAGAGACAAUUAUAUAAUCCACUUGAAAAUCAAUUUCAAUGAAGUAAAAUAGGAAAAUAAGAGAUAUCAUUUAAAAAAAUAUCUGAAAUCUAUGAAAAAGAAAUAUUUUUAUAAAAUAAAUAUCGUUCAAGUUUUUUUUUUAUUCAAUCGAAAAUAAAAACGGCUGUGAACAAUGAUUAACUGUUAAGUAUUAUUCUCGUAUAUUUCAAGGUGCACUUGUGCCAUUUGAACAUGUCUCUUUGAGGAAUUAUUUGUUGAAAGUACGUAGUAGUAUACAUUAUCAAUUUUUAAAGUAUAUUAAACUGUAUGCAAGUGUUAUUUUUAUAAUGCUAUUAUUAACGCAGCAUUGUUAAAAGACAUAAACAGUUUUUAAAUUGUUUGAUGUUUUAUAUGCGUUUUAAGUACGCGUGUCUUAUCAAGAAAUUUGUUUAGGUUUUUUUUUUUUAUUGCCUUUGUAGGCAGACGAGCAUACGGCCCACCUGAUGGUAAGUGGUUACCGUCGCCCAUGGACUUCAGCAAUGCCAAGGGCAGAGCCAAGCCGCUGCCUACCGCUUAAUACUCUCCACAAGUCUCGUUUGGUUAUUUCAUUUAAGGAAGUACAUUCACUUUGUGUAACAAUCAAUCAUUUAAAUAACGUAUUUAUACGAUUCAUGUUUAGUUUAGUGACGCUGUUACAAAU